UUUUCUCACUCUUAUGAAUAUUUUAAAUUAUUUGAUGAUUUGUUAAUUAACAUUAAUCCUAGCUCCAAUACUCUUGGAAGAAACCUCUAAUUUUAUUUUACCCUUUAAUUUGUUGUGCCUCAUAAAUGGCCAAAAAUGUCUAGUGUGUUUGGCCAUUUUCUUUGGAUUUUAUCAAAAUUAAAAGUGCAAUGCCAGAGAUGGGAAGAAAAAAAAAAGUAUAGUAAAGCAAGAAAAUACAUCAUUUUCAUUGAUGUAAUAAUAGAGACUUCAAGAUGUUAUCUUCUUUAGUAGAAAUGACUUUGUUUAUUGGCGAACUGGUCUGAUAGACUCUUGUUUCCGAAGUUUUUGAAGCAUGUAGUUAUUAUAAAACAAUAUGUUUAUUGUCUAAAUGUAAAGUAAGAGAGGAUCACUAAGUUUAAAGGUUGCCUCAUUGAAAGGGUAUACAUCAUAGCCUCACAAGUUUUGUUUGAGGGUCUACAUAAUUAUUUCUGAUUGACAUAAUAAUUUAAUCAAUGGUUUGGAAUUUGAUAAUCAAAACACUACUUGUUAUAAGUACAACAAUAACAACAUAUUCAGUAUAGUCCACAAAUGAAAUCUAGAAAGGGUGAAAUGUACACAGACUUUACAUACUCUUUGACUGAUGUAAAAAGUUGGAUUGUUCAAAGUGUGACACUUUAGCAAUUCUAUAAAUACUUCUCCUACUCAAGCCCUAGAGAGGACCACUUCUCUACUAAUUUGUCACCUGUUGAAAUUGGAAUAGUAUCUCCAUUCUAUAAAAACUAGUGAACCUACUAACAUAAAUUCAUCCUAAAUUCACUUGUGACAUUUGUAUUGUGCAUGUCCAUAUAGUCGUUUAGCGUUUCUAGAAAGUAGUCGUCUUGUUGUUAGCAGGCGAAAGUCUAUACAUAGUCGUUUAGUGGUGUGUUGAUGAAAGUAGUCAUCUUGUUACUACCAUGUUGAAUGACAUAUAGCCAUUUUGUGUCGUGCUGGGAGUAGUUGUCUUGUUGCUGGUAGGUGAAUCUUCAGUGUUAACCAUUUUACUAGUGAUGUGUUGUAUUAGUCGUCUUGUUGCUAGUGGAUGAAUCUUCUGGUUAGCCAUUUUGUGAUGUGGUGAGAGUACUAGUCGUCUUGUUGCGGCAGGUGAAUCUUCUGGUUAGCCAUUUUGUGAUCUCGAGUACUAGUCGUCUUGUUGACAGGUGAAUUUUCUAACUAGCCAUCAAGUUGAGUGUAGAAGUCUUGUCAUAAUUGGUAGAUGAAUCUUUAGCUAGCUAGCUUAUUUAGUGGUAUGCAUGAAGUAGUCGUCUUGUUACUGGCAGGUGAGUUCAUAGUCUAGUGGCAAUAGGGAUAGAGAGUAGUUGUCUUGUCAGUAGAAAGUGAAUCUUGUAGAUUAUUACUUGUUGCCUCAUCAUGCCAACCACCAUGGUGGCAAAACGAGCUCGCGCCAUGUGGUGGAUGAGGCUACACUCAUCUAUUCGAACCGUCUUAGCAUGCAUUAUAGUAGGGUGUGUCACCCUCUAUAGUCCACCUUCUCUUGCGAAGCAACUAGCAUUUCCUUCUUUUUCCUACGUGACGUCGAUAUUCAUAGUAUCCGACGCCACGUUAGGCCAUGCCCUAAGGGGAUGUUGGCAUGCAUGUCUUGCCACACUUCAAACCAUGCCACUUUCCAUGCUAGGCCUAUGGAUCCACAAUUAUGUCGCCACCGAUGACUACUCGCCCGAGGUAGCCGCCCUCAUGGUGGCGGUGAGCGCGUUUUUGGUGGCGUUGCCGGAGAGUACCGACUUAAUGUGCAAGAGAAUUGCCUUUGGACAACUUGUUAUAGUGUAUGUUGAUGCUGUUAUUCAUGGACUUUAUGUCAAUUCUCCUAUGAUGCACCCUCUUAGAAUUGCUUUUAGCACUUUACUUGGAGUUGUGGCUUCUAUCAUAGCUUUGUUGCUACCCUAUCCUUGGCUAGCUUAUCAUGAGGUGAAAAAAUUAUACCAAAUUUAUGCAGAAAGUGCAACAGGAAGAAUAAAUUUAUAUUUGAAAGCCAUUCAUACUCAAGAUGAUCAAAUAACCAAGGAGCUAAUUUAUCAAACAAAGCCCUUUACUGAUACAGGAACUAAGCUUCUUCAAACUAUCAAAUUCUUGGAGGAAGGUUUGAAAUGGGAGAAACCUUGGUUGAGAUACUUGAAUCAUAAUUUCACAGAUCCAGGACUUGGUUUACAAAACAUGGAUAUUUCAAUGAAAGGAAUGGAAUUGGCUAUAACUUGUUGCCCAAUUUUUCCUACAAGAAUGAUAGAUAAAGAGCUUUUUAAAGUCACACAUCAUGCAAUGAUGUUCCUUGGUCAAAUAAUGGGGCAAGAUAGAUCAUUUUUACCACAUAAUUCAGUAACAGAAGGGGACUUUGAGAAGGAGUACUCUUCUAGGCAUUCUAAUGAACCAGUCUUACCAACAAAACAAGAUCAAGCAGCCCUUUUCUUCUUAUCUUGUUUCAGAAUGUGCACGAGUGACUCUGACACGAUCACAACUAUAAACGAAGGACUCAGAGCCACAACAGAGAGUAGUAGUAGUAGUAGUAGUAGUAGUAGUAAUGCUAGUAGUAACAGGUCAUGUUGCAGACGAAUCUGCAUUGAUAGGACUAUGCCUAUAAUCAAUGAGAGAAUGGUGGUAUUCGCGUUCAAGUGUUCAUUUUCAUUAGGGCUCGCUGUGUUGCUCGGUCUGCUAUUUAAUACUGAAAAUGGUUACUGGUCAGGCCUCACAAUAGCCCUCAGUUUUGUUACAAGGAAACAGGCAAUUUUCACAGAAGCAAAUGCAAGAGCACAAGGAACAGCUAUAGGAUCAGUUUAUGGUGUACUUGCCUGUACUAUUUUUCAAAAAGUCGCGCAAAUAAGGUUCUUAUCUCUUCUCCCUUGGAUAAUUUUCACCACAUUUUUAAGGCAUAGUAGGAUGUUCACUCAAGCAGGGGGAACAGCAGCAGUGAUAGGUUCACUACUGAUUUUAGGGAGAAAAAGUUAUGGUCCACCUAGUGUAUUCGCAAUUUACAGACUCACCGAGGCCUUCAUUGGACUAGCUUGCUUCGUCGUUGUUGAACUUAUCCUGCAGCCAACAAGUUCAGCAACUUUAGUCAAGAAACAUCUAUAUCUAAUCCAAGGAACACUCAAAGAAUGCAGUAAACACAUGGUAGUUGAUUCAAGACAAAAGGGGUUAAUGGAGAAGCAAAGGAAUCUGAAAUCUCAAGUUCAAGACUUGGAAAAAUUCAUUAAAGAUGCAGUCUUGGAACCUAGAUUCUGGUUUAUUCCUUUUCCAAUUUCUUGCUACCAAAAGCUCCAAAUGUCUUUGUCAAAGAUGGCAGAUGUUCUGUUCUUCAUGUCCUGUGAUAUCGAAUUCCUGUCUCAAGCGUUCGAUAGGUAUUAUCCUGAUAAAAGGGAGCUUCAACAAUACAUAAACAACAACUUACAGCAGUUUAAUGAUGCUUUAAGCUCUUCAGUGAGCUCCUUUGAGAAAACCAUUUCUAUCAGACUGUUAAAAACUUCUCAAAUACAGCCAGAGCAGAAUAUAUUGAAUGAUCUUGAAGAAGGGAAUUCGUCGUGUCCAAGGGGGGAUGUCAUGUGCUAUAGAAACGACGAAGAGAUGGAGAUGAUUCUGAGUUCUUUUCUUCAGAACUCAAACGAGGUUCGUGGUAAAGUGAGGGACAUUGCAGGUAUAGAGCUUAGAGGAACGAUUGUCGGUUGUUUGUGUUCUUUAGAGUUUUGCAUGAGCUUUUUGGAGAGGGAAGUAAGAGACAUCGACAACGCGAUAAAAGAAUUGGUCAAGUGGGAAGAUCCUUUGGGUGAACCAAUUUGUUCAUAAGAAUCUGCAAAUCCAUAUGAUCAAUGGACACAAAAGCAUAAUGUUGUAGAUCUAAUAUAGUUGUCUCUAGUUUCCUUAUAUUCUAAGGCAAUAUAUUAUUCUGAAUCUUCUUUACAUUUCAUCAA